ACAGUGUUUCUUUUCACUGUUGUUUGUAGCGCCGACUCAAGAACUGUAACAAUGAGCGGAAGAGGUAAGGGAGGGAAAGGACUUGGAAAAGGUGGCGCCAAGCGUCAUCGUAAGGUUCUCCGUGAUAACAUCCAGGGUAUUACCAAACCAGCGAUUCGCCGCCUGGCUCGUCGUGGUGGCGUGAAGCGUAUUUCUGGUCUCAUUUACGAAGAAACUCGUGGUGUGCUGAAGGUGUUCCUCGAGAACGUGAUCCGUGAUGCCGUCACAUACACCGAGCACGCCAAGAGAAAGACCGUGACCGCCAUGGACGUCGUUUACGCACUAAAACGCCAGGGUCGUACUCUGUACGGAUUUGGUGGUUAAACGCUUUCAUUUCGUGUCUCACUCUAACUCAAACGGCUCUUUUAAGAGCCACCCAUAUCAUCUUUUAAAAGUGCAUAUCGAAGUCACAUACCCAGUCUACAUGAGUUUGAAUGAAGGA